AUGCCAGGCGAUAGUGGCGAGUGUUGUGCACCAGUGCCAGGUGAUAGUGGCGAGUGUUGUGCACCAGUGCCAGGUGAUAGUGGCGAGUGUUGUGCACCAGUGUCAGAACUUGAUGAUUCUCAAGAUGAAGUGGUUGCAACUACUGGAAAGAGAGGUAGGAAAAAACAAGCAAAGGUUAAAGAAGAAAUUGUGGAUGAUGACCAGGUGCCAUCAACAUCAAAGGAUAAUGGAGCCAAAGAAGCAAAGAAGACUAAGUCUUCCAAAAAGAAGGUCAAAGAAGAGACUGAGGAGGAGUCUGAUUCUGGGAAAGUUACAGGUGGGAAGAAGAGCAAAUCAGAUGCAAAUAAGGGGAAGAAGAGUGAGGGAAAAGAAAAUAAGGAUACCACUAAUAUUCCAGUCAAGUCAGGCAUAGAUAGGGCAGUGGUGAUGAAAGGCCGAGCAGCUGUAGAUGCCCUUUGCCCCAUUGCAAAGCAGUCACAUGUGUAUGAAGAGGAUGAUGACAUAUGGGACUGCAUGCUCAAUCAGACUAAUAUUCAAAACAACAACAACAAGUAUUACCUGAUUCAGCUGUUAAAAGAUGACAGUUGUGAUUCAUAUUGUGUGUGGAUGCGCUGGGGGCGUGUUGGGGCCAAUGGCCAGAAUUCUCUUGUUCCCUGUGGGUCUGAUUGUGAGAAGGCCAAGGGUAUAUUCAGGAAGAAGCAUUUCCUGCCAAAGGAGGAUAAAAUAAUAAAAUGUCUGGUGUGCAAACUGGAGGCACGUGUGAAAGCUCUGAUAGAGCUCAUCUGUAAUGUUCGCACGAUGGAAGAAACUGUAAUUGAGAUGAAGUACGAUGCUAAGAAAGCUCCGCUUGGAAAGCUGACUACUGAGCAGAUCAAGGCUGGCUACCUUGCACUCAAAUGUAUAGAUGAACUGAUCAGGAGCAAAAAGUUGGCUGAGAAGGACUUGAUGCAGGCCUGUAAUGACUUUUAUACUAGGAUACCACAUUAUUUUGGGAUGAAAGUUCCCCCUUUGAUUCGCACCCAAAAGGAAAUUAAAGAAAAGAUGGCAUUGUUAGAGGCACUUGGUGAUAUCCAGGCAGCUUUGAGCAUAUUAGAUCAACCAGGUGACCUGACCCUUCAUCCAGCUGAUCAGAACUACAAUGAGCUCAAGUGUGACAUGGUACCAUUGGAGAAAGAUACCAGUGAUUAUAAGGUCAUAGAGAACUACCUGAAAACUACCCAUGGUAAAACACACACAAAUUAUGGACUGGAGCUGAUGGAAGUGUUCACCUGUAAGAAGGAUAUGGAGUAUGAAAGAUUCAAAAGUGUGGGUAAUUCUAUGCUAUUAUGGCAUGGAUCUCGUUUAUCAAACUAUGCUGGAAUCCUUAGUCAAGGCUUGAGAAUUGCACCUCCGGAAGCCCCAGUAACUGGUUACAUGUUUGGCAAAGGUAUUUACUUUGCAGAUAUGGUCAGUAAGAGUGCAAACUACUGCUGGGCCAAUCAGCGCUCAGAUGUAGGUCUGAUGCUGCUCUCUGAAGUGGCCUUGGGCAAGACGAACGACCUUAUCAAUGCUGACUAUAAUGCCAACAAUCUUCCCAAAGGAUUCAACUCAGUCAAAGGAUGUGGAAGAAUUGUUCCCAAUCCACAGAAUUUUACAACCUUGUAAGUUCUUAUAGCUUAGA